UCAUGAAAUGUUAAUAAAAGUGUUGGAUUUUAGUUUCGAGUUGUUUUUCACAACGCAUGCAAAUUUCAGCAACAUACGAGUGUUUAACAUAAAAAGUUCGCACAACACGUUUGUAUGAUAAGGCUUUAAUACCCGAUGAUAGGGUAUUUCGUAUAAAUAUUGUAAUAAAUACGGGCGGAGGCGCGCGUUGGUCGAGUGACAAUAACAACCGCAUGUAAUUACUUAGCAUUUGUUUAAAAGUGCGAACUUGUAGCGGAAUGUUAAGCAGAGAUAACUAUGGUAAUAUCGUCGAAGAACGCAUGAUGGCGUGAUAGGGUCAGGCGAGGUAUUCGACCGAUACACAUUCGAAAUUUGAAAAACAACCGAAAAAAAUGUCGUGGAAAAAAAAACAAGUUUCGCAUGCAUAUUAAUAUCAGUUGCGCUGGCAAAAAAACGGAAAAAAACCACACGAAAUCUAUGAAUGUGUUACGUAAUUAAUGAAAUGACACCCCAGAAUCACCGAUUAAAGUGUUUGAUACACGCUUGAUUGGGCAAUCACUCAUCCAAAUCUCGCAAUACGCAAAUAAACAAUAAAUGUUAUUGUGUGCUAAUUUGAGUCGAGAUCGUCACGCACAUGUUGAAAAAAAAGCGUCGUCUGCAUCGGAGUGUGAAUGCAUGCAACAAGCAUUCGAUGUGAUGUAAACGCGCAAUAAGCCAACUAAUAAUUGGAUAUUAAUUGAAUCGAUUAACGGCGUCGAGGAGCGCGCCGGCGACUUGUUGUGUUCCUUUUUAUUGCGCGUUCGCGAUUUGACCUCUGUGUUCAUUUGCGCCGGCUGCUUGAUUCGUUUGAUUUCUGUGCUGGUGCAGGAGCAGGACCGCGCGCCGGUCACGUCAAUAUCAAAUCAAUCACGAUGUUUUCCUUUUGCGCCCGGCGGCGGCGUGUAAACGAAAAAAGCAAAACAAAACAAUACGAGAUAUCAGUGCGCGCCGAAUUGUAAUCUAAGCGAUUGUUGAUUGCUUAACGAGCAAUUGUCUCAAUUUUGGUUGAUGUGAUUACCCGGCGUGUGGGUUUGAGUGUGUGUAAUCAAACAUGUUAACUGUUUAUGUUUAAAUUUAUGAUAAAUACUACGCGGCGGUUCGCUAGCGCUACCUAUGCGCGACUAGUGUUAACGUCGGGAAAUUUUUCGCUGCGUCGGGAAAUGCGCGUUUUCCACGACGAGAGGUUUAUUGAUCAUCCCGCCAGGCCGCCUGCAGCAAUCGAGCGCGUUGCGUGUACGCUGAUCAAUUUUCCGCUGUGUUUCCUGCGCCUCGCAUGCAUGCAGGGAGACGUUUCGUCGGCGAUGGUUGAUGCGGGCACGAAUACCUCGCCAUGAAAGCGUCGGUGGCGGCGGCGAGUGCGGCGGGCACGGCGCUGCAUCACCAUGCGGCCGCCAACGUGCACCAUGCACCAGCACAUCAUCCAUGGCUCAUCACGUUGUGCGUGCUGUUCGGACUCGGCGUCGUGGCGCUCGCCGUGUUCUGGAUCCGGCGAUGCAAGUCCAAUGUGCCAAGGCAUGAAUACACGGCGGUGAGUCUCGAUAACACGGCGGGCCUUCACUGCCUGCAGGCGCCGUCGAUCGAGGACCGUCCUCGCCAGCAGGUCGAUGAGGAACUCGCCAAAUAUCAGCGUCACCUUGGCCUGGAAAGUCGGUACUUCUUCACUGGGAGCCUGGGCAAAAUCGGCGCCCGACUCAACAAGCAAUGGUUUAUAGUGAAGGAUAAGCAUGUGGACGCAGAGCGCCUGUUGUCCUUAGUGGAUUUACCCAGCGCGGCGCCCAUCAAGCCCAACGCUGCCACCAAACAGAUUCUGAUGGAUCUCUUCCGGUCUUUGCAUCAUCCCUACGUCCUACCUAUCCUGGAUGUUGAAUUCUGGGACUUGACGCAUGGGGCAGGCGCGGCGGUGGUAUCACCUCUAAGUGCUGAUGGCAGUUUGAAGGACUUGAUCUAUCGAGGGGAGCAUUACGAACGGAGGCAUGCGGGCAGAGGCCGUGGAUUGCCCUAUAGGCAGAUACAGUACUUGGCUCGACAAAUCUUGGAAGCUCUCUCGUUCCUGCGCGCCCGCAGCUUUCCAAAGUUCUACCACCUGCAUGCGGGUAACGUGAUUAUCCAAAACGGAGUCGCCCGAUUGGCGGGGCUGGAAAACACGUUGUUCUGCCUGUCACUCGCGCGGAAACCGGCGAUGGACGAGGUCCUCGCGUUCGGUCACCUCCUCUUUGAAAUGACCACUGGCUGUGAACCGACCGACGCGCUGCUCGCGUCCCCAACCGCUUUGCGACGCGAACUGGACAGAUCCUCAGCCCCUGAACAGAUCGCCGACGUGCUCACGUUGAUCUUUGACGCGCAUGCGUCUGCCGCCACCAACCCAGGAGAUGGACCAUCUCUGGACGACAUCGUGCGCCAGGAGAUGUUCAAGGGGGUCGAGCUGCGUGAGCUGUGCCGGCGUACGGCCACUGCGCUGCAGCCGGAAAUGCUGAAGGGGGUGGCCGACCUGCUGCACCUCAUCGGCGAUCUGCAAGCGGGUGCCGGUACUGCAACGGCAACCGCCACCACCGCCGCCGCAGCGCCGCGUGCGCCUACGCCGGCGGCGGCCGGGGGCGCAAGUAUCGUUGCUGAUGAGGUAGAAACGGACGUCUUUCGACGGCGAUACCAUCACGGCGACGACGCUUACGAGGCGUGCGACGAAACGCUCACGGUGACGAUCGUCGGCGAGCUGGGUCGGUAGCGCCGGCGCAGUAGCGCUCGUUACGUAGGCCACUAGCGAUUACAGGGCAGCACGACGCGCAACUCCGCAACCAAACACCAUCCGAUUUAUAGUCGUAGCGUUCCAACGAAACAAACCAACUAGGAUCUAAUGAGCAAACUAAAAUUCGUUAUAAUCUGCAAUAUUCUUAAUACUUUUUCGAAGCGAUAAUCAAUUUUUAAGCAAGCGUUUACCAUGAAUUCAGCCCGAAACUUCAAAAACCUCAGAUUGUCGACACCUCAAACAUCACACUGAACAUUGUCCCAUUUCACUCGUCUACUGUUAAUUGUUAAGCUUCAAAGCUUUGGUAUGAAUUCAUGAUAAGCAAUAUAUAAACUUAGUGAAUACAAAUGAAGCAAAUCAAUUUCUGAAGCAAUCAAGUUUAAAGCGACAUUUAUUCUCUUACGAAAGAAUGCUUAUAAAUAUUUAAAGAAAAACGUGUCAAAAUGUUAAACUUUUCAAGAAAUUUAAAAUUUACAUGCAAACUAUGCCAAUUAAACGAAGCAAGCAAACGCAGAGUAUAAAAGCAAAGCAACGCAAAUUGUAAGAUAAACGUAUACAUUUUGGAAACAAAUUCGAAGAGGCCAAAAAUGCAAGAUUUUGGACCAAGAAGUUGUGCAAAACUAGAGACUUUAGCCACCUAGCGAUAGAAUGUAGUGUUGAUAACUAACUGAUUGAUUUAUCUCGACAUUUAGGCAUAACUCUACCACGUAGUAAGUUGAUUUGUUCAAAGUGCCAUGCGUACGGAGAGUACUACGUUUGGGUUUUCAUAGCGUUUUUCUAGUGCGUAGCGUGUUUUCGUUCUUGUGGAUUUGUGUGCCGAUCGAUGUACUUAACAGACCGUAGAUUUUGUAAAACACACAUUGUUACACGUCUAUACACACGUUGCGUCUACACUUCUCGAUUCUACACACGGAGGCGAACACGAUACAAAGCGAAACAAGACAACAUCAAAAACAAUCAAUAAAACCGUCCCAAAAUAUAAAAAAAAAAA